AUUCCAUACCAUCUGCCAAAGACCACAAGCUCCGUUAACCCUAAAUCACUUACCUCACCUCUUUCCAAAGUACUUUCUUUCUACAACAGAUCCAAUUAACAAAAUGUUCGGAGGACCUCCACCACCCCCUAGCAAGGCCGAGCUUCAGGCCCAGGAGAAAGCAGCCUGCACUACCGUCCGCAACGUCUGCAUCACCAGCGUCGUGCUGUACCUUUCUCCCUUCGCCAUCGACUUCGCCCGCAAGCUCUUCUAAACAAAUCAUUUUGUGUUAAUUACAUACCUACCUACCUACCUAUCUACCUUGCAUCCCUCCUUCUCUUCAGCCUGAUUCGCCAGGGUCAACAUACAUCUAUCCAUCCAUCCAUUCAUACGUCCAACCAAUGUAUUACCAACCUAGCCACUAGUUACCUAGCUAGUAACCUAGAUUUGAACAUAGAGGCUUAGACUCUCUUGGGCCUUUGUAUAUUAAAAAUAUCUUUCCCCCCU